AUGCUCAACUCGCUCGGACCGGGAAAUCUUGUGAAAGCAAUCGAAUUUCUGGCCAGGGCGGCUCUAGAGGGAAAAGCACCGUCGACAGCUCGGGACUACUUGAAAGAGAACGCCGCCAGAAGGAGAUGGAUACAAAAUAACGGUCUUCCACUCAACGAGACAUCCACUCUGAUAUACUUGGCAUCCAGGUCGGAGUUGGUGGGCGGUGGUUCGCUGGCGAAAAUCGUGGCAGCAUUCAAGAUGUCUAACACAGAAAUGUCAAAAGUUGGACGUCAGCUGGCAGCGGAUGUGAUUCGAGCCACACGGAGGAAAGAAGUGCAGAAGAGACAACAACCGAAAGCAGUGUCGUGGAGUGAGCUGCAAGUCGUCGCUGGAACGAAGAGCAACGAUGAGAAAGGUGAAAGAGAUACACUGAUUCUGUUGCUGUCUCAUCAAGCGUUACUGAGAGCUGAGGAAGCCGCGAAUCUGAAAUGGUCGGACCUUACUCAAACCAACGGAAUCUUGGAAAUCCGAGUGAGAAAAGCAAAGAACGAUCAGCAGGCACUCGGUCGAAGCACGUUCAUUCCUUGUUCGGAUGGUUCGGAUUUGGACUGUCGCCUCAAGCGAUGGAAAGUUUGCGAAUCUCUACGAUCGAGAAAGAGUGAGUAUUUGUUUUCAAAUUUGAAUAAUGGAGCUGGACUCUCGGCGAGCGCGAUAAGCUCCAUAGUUAAAAAGAAGCUGAUGGAGUUCGGGAUAGACGGGACUCACCACUCAUUGAGACGAGGAGCCGCUAACGACUUGCAACGACUAGGAUUUUCGAAGGAGGAGAUCAAGGCGCGUGGGAGAUGGCGAUCUGAUGCUGGCCUCGAAAGGUACUUGGUGGAUACGCCGGAAGCGCAAGGAAUAUCGGCCGGAGCGGAGGAGAAGGAGGAUGGACCACCGGUGCUAAUACGUCAGCCAGAAGAAGGAUGA